AAGAUGUCUCAGUAAAGAAGACCAAGUAGUUAACAGAAAAUGUAAUAGAAUAUUGUAAAAAGUUAUAAAAUGUUAGACCUAAUCAAUAAACAAUUUGAAGACUCAACUAUAGUAAUAGAAAUAACACAGAUGGUCGGAACAAAAAAUGAAUAAAGAACUUUUCGAUUUUUUAUCCUAAAUCAAUUUGCAGCAAUAUUACGCAAAAAUUGCAUAGCACUGUGACGGGAGUUUAGAGUAACUGAUUGAUAUGAAGUAUGUUAAUGGUUAUAAUAAUCAGAUCAACGAAAGAUAUAAAGGAUUUACCAUUUGGAUAUCAGAUUAAAUUAUAGGUAUAAAGACUUGAUUAAAAUUGAGAAAGCGAUUGAGAAGAUGUCUAAAGAAACAGGAAAUAAAAUACCCAAAAUAGAAUAGAAAUUGCAAAAUGAUCAAAAGGAAUGUUGUUGGAUUUGCUUUUAAUUGAUAUUUGAAAGCUUAGAUUGCUAUGGAAAGAAAAUGUGUUCUGAUAAAUGCAAACAAGUGUAUUUGAAAGAGAUUUAAGUAAACAAGUCUUAACUAACUUAAGAUAAAUUGUAAGAGAUGUGGAAAAGUGAAAACCAAAUAUGAUGCAAUUAAUUCAUAUGGAGAAUGGUAUUGUUAAUAGGAAUGUGUUUAUACUGAAGAGGAAUUAAUGUUUUUGUUAAUGAAAUCAAGUUAACUGAAGAAAUGA